CGAUUCUGCAUAGAGGAGGUUCAGGUUCAGAGUAAACAUGCUCCAUAUUGAAUAUCGGUUUAGAGCUUUCUCGUCCGUUGUUGCUUGUCUGAUGUCCAGAUCGCGAUCUUGUGUGUGGAUCGAUCGCCUCGGAAACCCAAGUCCGACACCGCCAUUUUUCUAGCAGUAGCAUCCGCUGCCAACAUGUGAACCACAAUUUCCUAUCUUUUCGAUUCUACUGCUUGCUCGCUUUGCUUACUGUACAUACCCUGUUUGCUUACCCUGCAGUGUUGUUCGAUUUCAUUCUCGUUCUUGCUUGUCCUAUUGCCUGUUUGUUUUUCCGCUCCGCGCCUAUCCGAACAACAAUAUACCAGACCUUUAAUUCUAAUGUCCUUAGCGCAGCACGUCUCGACCGUCGAAGGGGUCGAUGACGACCCCGACAUCUGCUGCCAACCAUUGACUCGCCAGGCGAGCGUCGCGCCCAGCAUCAGCUAUGACCCUCUUCCCAAUGUCGGGCACCGCCAUGAGAAGCUCCAGACCCUGGCACCGUACGAGGUGCCGGCGCCGAAACGACUAGCCCAGGUCAUUGUCGGCGUCCUGUCGUGUGUCACAGCCUCGGGGAUUGUCUUUGGGUUUGAUGCACUCAAAACUAUCCUGAUCGACGAGAAAAUAUAUCGAAAAUACUGUAGCGCCGAGGAACUCCGAGAGAACGUACGAGUGUGUUACAUGCAAGACCAAAGGUUAAACCUCAUCUUCGUGAUUGCGUCCGUCACAGCAAACCUCUCAGCCCUGUUGGUGGGCCGGAUCCUAGACAGACAUGGGCCGCGGAUAUGUGGGAUCUUCAGCGCGAUCCUUCUGGCCCUGGGAAGUUUGUUGAUGGCCUACGCCCAAGACCUGCCGUUCGACGUGUACUAUGCAGGAAGUUUCCUGAUUUCUCUCGGCGGCACAUUCACAUUCGUGCCUACUUUCCACCUAUCCAACACAUUCCCCCGGUUCCAGGGUCUUAUUCUGGCGCUGGUGACGGGGGCGUUUGACGCAUCGGCGUCGGUGUUUUUGAUCUUCCGCCUAUUAUACCAGGCCACACAUCACGCAUUUGGCCCACGUCAGAUCUUCCUGGUGUAUCUGGUAGUUCCGGCAUUUAUUCUGAUCACGCAACUGACCAUGAUGCCUUCGCGGAGCUACGACACCCGUGUCGAGCUCGAGACCCGGAUGGAGCGAGCCCAGGAUCCGGCUCAAGACGUGCACGAGUCCGACGAAGAACUCAACAACGCAGCCGAGAUCAUGAGGGUGCGGUCGCAACGUGCCAGCCGUCGUCGACAGUCGAUAACGUCGAUCAACGAAUUACUCGGCGGGCCUGCGGAACAACAGGAGCAUGAGAAGAAAGAACACGAAAAAAGAGUCACCAGCGGCGUCUUUGGCGUUUUGCACGGCGUCCCGGCCUCGAAACAGUUCCGCACACCGUGGUUUAUCUUGAUCACCUUGUUUACCGUGCUGCAAAUGGCCCGCUUCAACUUUUUCAUCUCGACCAUCUGGUCGCAGUACGUGUACAUGUUGGGAUCCGAGGAGGAGGCCAUGCAUAUCAUCGAGUACUUUGAUCUAGCACUGCCGAUUGGUGGUAUUGCUACUGUUCCGUUUAUUGGGGCCUUGCUCGACCAUACCAGCACCGUGGCCGUGUUGAAUCUGUUGGUCUUGAUGAGCACCCUCAUUGGCGUCCUUGGCGCUGUUCCUACCGUCUGGGCCGCUUAUGCCAAUGUCACGCUCUUUUGCCUCUUCAGGCCGUUGUAUUACUCUGCCAUGUCAGACUACGCAGCCAAAGUCUUCGGCUACUCCACCUUUGGCACCGUCUACGGCGCCAUCAUUUGUUUGUCUGGUCUGUUCACUUUCACCCAAUCGGGUCUCCAGGCCUUGGUUCACAAUACCUUUGACGACGACCCAGAGCCACUAAACCUGGCGCUCGCUACUGCCGGUUUGGUUUUGGGGGUUAUCCUUGUCAUGUACGUCGACAUCAAGGGCCGACAGAUCCAGAGGGAACGACAACAGGCAGCGGCCAGAAACGGCAGGGCCGGUGCCGGUGCUGGUGGGAACAACUUUGUUCCUGAUGAGAGAUGGAGUUUAUUACGAUCGGGACCUAAUACUCAGAAUGGGACGGCCGGCGGAGGUGGUGCUGGAUACGGAGCAGUAUCGCCCGGAACAGCAGCGGCAACUGGUGACAAUGCUGUUUCAUCAGACGACUCCUCAGAUAGUAGAAGAGGCGGUGGAAGUUUGAGAGGGUUGAAUCCCCGGUCGAGUAGGCAGACGUUGAAAUCGUUGUCGACGGUGCAAGAGACGGGGGAGGCGUAAUACCAACACCAACGCCUGAACUUGGACGGCUUGACUCAAUGGACGGGUAUAAUAAAGGGCACAGGUAUAAAAUCAGUAAUACAGGACAGUAUAUGGUAUAAUACAGGACAGCCUUCUGGUAGGUACAUAAGUAGCUCCAUACCUGAAGUAAGAGUGGAUAGGUACUCAGGUACCUUGGAAAUGAACCUGCCCUAGGGUACAUUGAUAUUGCUUUGCUGGA